GGAGCGCCUAUCUCUCAUUGUUUAGCGCGGCUGCGGGAACGCUCGCAGCUCCGGUGCUACCGCGGGAAGCCUCGCGCCAUGCGGCACUAGCGCAGCCCGGAGCUCCCUAGUCCAGCAGCACCAGAUUGAAAAAGCUUCUUGAACAAGAAACAGUGUACCAGGCAAAAAAAGAGAAGGAAAGUAACAAGAAAAUAGCUAAACUAAAAGAAGAACUGACUAAACUGAAAUCCUUUGCUUUAAUGGUGGUGGAUGAACAGCAAAGACUCACUGAGCAGCUGAAUCAACAAAGUCAAAAAAUUCAAGAAUUAACCACUUCUGCAGAACAAGCACAUGAGAAACUUGCUUCUGCUGAAGCAAAAGCUCAAGAAGAGGAGCAAAGAGCCAGCAGGCUGGAGGCUGAACUGCAAGCCCAAAGCAGUAAGAUUUCCCAGGAUCAAGAAGCAAUGAUGGCCAAACUAACCAAUGAAGACAGUCAGAAUCGUCAGCUCCGGUUAAAAUUAACUGCACUCAGCAGACAAAUUGAUGAGUUGGAGGAGACCAAUAAGUCUUUACGAAAAGCAGAAGAAGAACUGCAAGAACUAAGGGAUAAGAUAAAUAAGGGAGAGUGUGGAAAUUCCACACUUAUGUCCGAAGUAGAAGAAUUACGGAAACGACUGCUGGAAAUGGAAGGGAAAGAUGAAGAGCUCAUAAAAAUGGAAGAUCAGUGCAGAGAGCUUAAUAAAAAAUUAGAAAAAGAAGCAUCACAGAGCAAGAAUCUUAAAGGGGAAGUUGACAAACUCAACAGAAGAAUAAUGGAGUUGGAAAGAUUAGAAGAUGCUUUUAACAAGAGCAAACAAGAAUGUUACUCCCUGAAAUGCAACCUCGAAAGAGAAAAAACAUUAACAAAACAGUUGUCCCAUGAGCUGGAUGACUUAAAAGCUAGAGUUGGAGAGCUUGAAGCAAUUGAAAGUAAGUUAGAAAAAACUGAGUUUACACUUAAAGAAGAUUUAACAAAGCUGAAAACUCUAACAGUGAUGCUUGUGGAUGAAAGAAAAACUAUGGGUGAAAAAAUAAAGCAAACAGAAGAAAAGCUGCAAGCUGCAACUUCUCAGCUUCAGGUGGAACAAAAUAAAGUGAUGUCCGUUACAGAAAAACUAAUUGAGGAAAGUAAGAAGGCACUGAAAUCAAAAUCUGAUGCAGAGGAAAAAGUGUCCAGUGUUAUAAAGGAAAGAGAUGAACUGAAAAACAAACUCAAAGCAGAAGAAGAGAAAGGAAGUGAUCUUGUUUCCAAAGUGAAUAUUCUAAAAAAAAGGCUUCAGUCACUGGAAGCUGUUGAAAAAGAAUUUCUUAAAAACAAGCUUAAGGAAACUGCUAAAUCCAGCACCUCCCUGCAGCAUGAGAACAACAAAAUCAAAGAGCUUUCCCAAGAAGUUGAAAGGCUUAAACAGAAGUUGAAAGAAAUGAAGGCCAUAGAAGAUGAUCUUAUGAAAACUGAAGAUGAAUUUGAGUCUCUAGAACGAAAAUACAUCAACGAACGGGACAGAGCCAGGCUUUUAUCAGAGGAACUAGAGGUUGUGAAAAUGGAAUUGGCUAGGUAUAAAUUAACAGAAAAGGCAGAGUCCAAUCAAGAGCAGCGGCUUUUAAAGAAACUUAAGGAAGAAGAAGCUAAAUCAAGUCACCUUUCCAGAGAAGUAGAUGCACUGAAAGAGAAAAUUCAUGAAUACAUGGCAACAGAAGACCUAAUCUGUCAUGUCCGAGGUGAUCAUACACUCCUACAGAGGAAACUCAUCCAGCAAGAAAACAAGAACAGGGAGUUAGCAAGAGAAAUGGAAAGCCUCACAAAAGAACUAGAGAGGUACAGACGCUUCAGUAAGAGCUUCAGACCCAGUCUCAAUGGAAGGAGAAUUUCUGACUUGCACUUUUUUUCUAAAGAAGUCCAGACAGAUCUAGCAGACAACGAACCACCUGACUACAAAACUCUCAUGCCUUUAGAACGAGCAGUCAUAAAUGGGCAGCUGUAUGAAGACAGUGAUAAUGAGGACAAAGAUAACAAUGAAGAGGAACAAACAGUGUCUUUCAAAAGUAGCUCAUCUAUUGCAAAUGCCGUGAACAAAAAAUUAUGGAUCCCAUGGAUGAAGUCCAAAGAAAACCAUCCUCAAAAUGGAAAGAUUCAUACAAAGCAAAAUGGAAACUGUGCACAGACUGGAGACUUAGUGCUAAGCCAUACACCUGGCCAACCUCUUCACAUAAAGGUAACUCCAGACCAUGGACAGAACACAGCAACACUUGAAAUAACAAGUCCUACAGCUGAAAGUCCUCACUCCUACACAAGUACAGCAGUUAUACCAAACUGUGGCACUCCUAAGCAAAGAAUAACCAUUAUUCAAAAUGCUUCCUUAACACCUGUAAAAUCAAAACCAGCAGAAGUUUACAUGAGCCCAGAGCAAGCCAUUUCUCCUAUUAAUAUGGCUACUUUUGCAAGAUCUCAAACUCCUGAAUCAUGUGGUUCUCUAACUCCUGAAAGAACAAUGUCCCCUGUGGCUCUACCAGGCUCAAGCUCUCAGGAACAAAUACUCUCCUCAGAGCCUUUGGAAAUUGGAGCCAAGCAUGCUGUUUUUAGAGUAUCCCCAGACAGGCAGUCAUCAUGGCAGUUUCAGAGAUCAAACAGUACGGGAUCCAGUGUAAUAACUACUGAAGAUAAUAAAAUUCACAUCCAUUUAGGAAGUCCUUAUGUCCAAGCUCUUGCUAAUUCCAAGCCCACCAGCCCUUGUACUCCAGUGCAAGAUAACAGAACUCCAGCACUAGCUAAUGGAAUAUCCAGUAAGCCCACCAAUAAAAUCACCAGCAGUAUUACUAUCACACCAGCAGCCACUCCUCUCCCACGGCAAUCACAAAUUACAGUAAGUAAUGUCUAUAACUGACCCCAAUCCAUGCUGACACCCUUACCAGCAACCCAUCCUAUUAUUCAUUCCAGCAAGAAUUAUUUGGAACUGCCCCUUUGCUUUGGGAGAGAUCUGUGCAUGAACUAUACAACAGUAUAUGGAACUAACGUUAAGUUUUGCCUGCUUAGUGUUAUCAAGUGUGCACUUACUGUAUAUUUUCUCAUUGAAAUACAGUUAUGUAAAAUAUUUAGUCUUGCACUUGUAUAAAUGCAUCUUUAUGUAUUUCCAUUUUUAAAAUAACUCUCAUUACUUUUGACUGCAACUUGCCUUGACAAAAUAUUUUAACAUUACAAAAACAGUAAAUAA